UUGAUCACUUCCAGGCAGUUACUCCUUCCUGGAAAGCAGGGGGUUCUUGGAGUACACUAUCGCCGUCGACUACACCGACAGGAAGGGCCGAGAAAGCCUCCAUAUCAUGAAGGAGUACGUCGCGCCCUUCGGCAUCGGCCUGGCCUACCCCAAGUACGCUCCGUACAUCGUCAAGUUUAACCAGGUCAUUAUCAGGAUCAAGGAGGCGGGGCUCGCCAAGAAGUGGUUAGACGACAUCAUCCUUAGACGUAAACAAGCCAAGAUAUCCAGCGGGGACAGCCAGGAGUCAGCUGUGGGCGCUGUGGGCGCCGUGGACGACCCUCUGGUGCGGCCCCUCACGACCGACAACCUGCAGGGAUGCUUCAUCCUCAUGAUUCUUGGCUACGGUGUCGCCCUCCUCGCCUUCGCUGUGGAGCUCAUCACGAAGGACGUCCUCCGCCGCUGCGGGAAGUGGUAGGGUGUCGCCCUCCUCGCCUUCACCCGGAAACUCUUCCUCAAGGUCGUUGUCCUCGGUGGAGGAAGUGGUAGGGUGUCACAGUGGAGUUACUCGAGAAUAUCGACCAUUGCUGCAGGAAGUUCACUCGAAUUUCCAGUAAACAUCGUGUGAAGAUCAUACCGAACCACAAAGUGAUUCUCGGCCCCACAUCAGUCCUGGAUAUGAAGGAAGUCUUUAGCCGCUGCAGAAAGUUAAGGUGUGACCUUGUCACAGAACACGUCAAAUAGAAAAAUCAUCUUUAGCUGCUGGUCCUCACAAUACACUCCGGCUUGUGGCUAUAGUGUGAACUCUGGCACAGUUUGGACCCAUUACUGUGUAACUCACAUGUGUGGGAGAGCGAGCACUGCGGCUCGCUAGCAUCUCUUACCACUACCAAUGUUAACAAUACAAUGAAUAUUUUGGACCCUUUAAAACACUGAAAAUUUAGACAAAAUAUUACGAAUGUUUAACAAACUGUAGCGACACUUUCACUAAAGUUCCUAUGUCAUAAUGUUAUGUUUACAGACGGCUGUGGGGGUCAGCCGACGCUGCCUCCGUGUUACACCUACGGACUGCCCUGAGUGAUCAGCCGUACUGCAAUUCAUAGCUUCGAUGGAUAUUUCACACAUGAACGAUUACUAUAUUCUGAACACAUUUCAAUGUGGAUAUUAGGAAACAUUCAAAGAAACGCUCACUCCUGGUAGUUGUCGAAUUAAAUGACAAAGCAGAGUUGACGAGACUUUAGGUGUGAUAAACAAAUGAGCAGAGAUUGACACACAAAGAAGAAGAAGAAAUGAGUAAGAGAUUUAGACAUUGACCAUGAUCUAGGAGCAGCAAUGAAAAGAAAAUGUAGGGUAUGAUAACAAAUAUAAUUUUUCCUUAGUAGUAUCCGAUAGCAAGAUGUAAGAGCUCCAGAAAGGAAGGAGGAAGAAUAGUAUUCUUAAUUAUAAAGAUCGCAUCAAGGGGCCACACUAGCAUUUGAAACAUUUUCUCUCAAGGCGAUAAAUCAAGUCAACUAACCACAUAAUGGCUCUGGCACAUAAUGGCUCUGGCACAUAGUGUGCUGCACCUUUAUCCUCAAUUAUGACUAACUUAAGAAUACGAUUUAUGCUAAAUGAAAAAUUAAUAUUAAUCUCAUCAAAAAGCUCAGUUUUAUAGCAAGGCCUAAGACAAGCUGCUGUAAGAC